AUGAGAAUAGCUUUGCUCAUUGGUUUCAUUGAGGAGCUUCUGAUGAUGGGCAUCACCAAGGUGUAUAUAGUGUAUUACUCACUGUAUGGCCAUGUGGAGAGCAUGGCAAGAGAAAUACAAAAGGGUGCUAAUGCAGUUCCUGGUGUUGAAGCUACUCUUUGGCAGGUACCCGAAACCCUGCCCGAACGGGUUUUAGAGAAAAUGAAGGCUCCUGAAAAAGCCAAUGAUGUGCCCGAGAUUAGGCCCGAACAACUGGUGGAAGCCGAUGGCUUUCUCUUCGGUUUUCCUUCUCGUUUUGGGGUAAUGGCAGCACAAUGCAAAGCCUUUUUUGAUGCCACUCAGGACAUAUGGGCCACUCAAGCUCUUGCAGGGAAGCCCGCUGGGAUUUUCUGGAGCACCGGUUUCCAUGGGGGUGGGCAGGAGCUUACCGCGUUAACAGCUAUAACACAAUUGGCACAUCAUGGCAUGAUAUUUGUUCCUCUCGGGUACACUUUUGGUAGCGGGAUGUUUGAGAUGGAGCAAGUGAAGGGUGGAUCUUCGUACGGAGCCGGGACUUAUGCGGCAGAUGGGUCCCGCCAACCCACGGAGCUCGAGCUCAAGCAAGCUUUCCAUCAAGGUAAGUAUGUUGCCGAGAUUACGAGGAAGUUGAAGGUUUGA